UGUUUCUAACCUUGGCUUGGAGGGAGGGAGGAGGCAGGAGGAAGGAGAUAAUGUCCAAAUCCUCACCGUCUGCUUUAUUUUUUAUACAUUCAUAUAUCUAAGAAUCGCACCUGAACAGCAGCUGAUAGAGCAGCGGUCGGAUGGAGCGGAGGUGGGAGAGCUAAGCCCGCUCAGUCAGCGUGUGUUUGCAGACAUGGGUCGCAGCGGUACGGCACCUCCUGCUCAGCUCCUCCCGGACCGUUUCCACCGUCAGUCCUUCAGCGCUGGAAAUGGCGAUGUGAUGCUGAGCGCGGAAGACGCAGCGGAGGCGGACGCCAAGGAGGAAUAGAGAAAUAUAUGAUCACCUGCGCUUUUCUUUGGGUUGGAUUUUUAGUAGCGGCGGAUAGUACCAUGGUGAAUUACCAGAAAUACAUAACUGUAAUGCAGCUGGCACUGGGGGUGACCGCUGUCAACAAAGAACAUUGUCUUCCACCCAGGAAGCGAAUGUGGAUUCACCCCAGCCCAACCGCUGGCUCCGUCACAGCAGCCUCCUCCGCCAGCACCGUUCAGGGUAAGCCAUCGCUCCGCCGCAUCAAAGGCCGCAUCCAUCGCAGCAAGAGCCUGGACAGCAUCGAUCUGCUGGACUCCAAUAGUGCAGCGAUGGAGGAGACAGUCAUUUGGGAACAGCACACAGUUACACUACACAGGGCACCAGGGUUCGGAUUUGGGAUAGCCAUAUCAGGAGGUCGGGAUAACCCUCAUUUUCAGAGCGGCGAGACCUCCAUCGUUAUCUCAGACGUGCUGAAAGGAGGCCCUGCAGAAGGCCUGCUGCAGGAAAAUGACAGAGUGGUUAUGGUCAAUGCUGUGUCCAUGGACAAUGUGGAGCAUGCGUACGCUGUCCAGCAGCUUCGCAAAAGUGGGAAAAUUGCCAAAAUCACAAUCAGACGGAAGAGGAAGGUGCACGUUCCCAUGGGCCGGCUGGGGGAGAGAGAAACGAUGUCGGAACACGACGAAGAGGAGGACAGCUACGACGAAGAAAUAUACGAGACGCGGAGCGGGCGCAGUGGUGCUUACAGUGGCAUAGGCGGGGCCAUGGGCAGACGCAGCGGUCGGAGCAGCGGACGAAGGGACCGCGAGCGCAGCGGGUCACGAGAGAGAAGCAUGUCCCCGCGCUCGGACCGCCGCUCGCACAACCUCCCCCCUCGCCCCGCCAAGGUCACGCUCGUCAAAUCCCGCAAAAAUGAAGAAUAUGGCCUGCGCCUGGCCAGCCACAUCUUUGUCAAGGACAUCUCCCCCGAGAGCCUGGCCGCCAGGGAUGGCAACAUCCAGGAGGGGGACGUGGUACUGAAGAUUAAUGGCACAGUGACAGAGAACCUCUCCUUGAUAGACGCUAAGAAACUGAUCGAAAGGUCAAAGGGCAAACUAAAAAUGGUUGUUCAGAGAGACGACAGGGCGACCCUCCUCAACAUCCCUGACCUCGAUGACAGCAUUCCUUCAGCUAACGCCUCCGACAGAGAUGACAUUUCAGACAUCCAUUCUAUGGCAUCCGAUCAUUCCAACCGAUCACACGACAGACACCGUAGCAGCCGCUCCCGCUCCCCGGACAGGAGGUCCGAACCCUCAGACCACUCCCGACAUUCACCGCAACAAAUCAGCAAUGGCAGUCACAGAAGUCGCGAUGAUGAACGGAUGUCGAAGUCUGCUUCAACACCAGCAAAGCUAGUGGAGGAUAUUCCUCUCCCUAAACCGAAGGACUCGGCUGUUGCAAGAGAGGAGAAACAGCUCCCACCCCUCCCAGUUCUCAACUUUCAGGUAAAUAAUGUUGAUUUUGCAAACAUAAUCCGAGAGGAGGCGGUGCUAUUCCUUCUGGAUCUUCCUAAGGGCGAGGAGGUCACCAUUCUGGCUCAGAAGAAAAAAGAUGUUUAUCGACGGAUCGUGGAGUCGGACGUUGGGGACUCUUUCUACAUCCGCACACAUUUUGAGUACGAGAAGGAAUCUCCAUACGGGUUAAGCUUUAACAAGGGCGAGGUUUUCCGAGUGGUCGACACGCUCUACAAUGGAAAGCUAGGUUCUUGGUUGGCUAUUCGCAUUGGAAAGAACCACCAGGAGGUGGAGAGGGGGAUCAUCCCCAACAAAAACAGAGCGGAGCAGCUCUCAAGUGUUCAGUACACUCUUCCCAAAACAGCAGGAGGUGACAGGGCAGAUUUCUGGCGGUUCAGAGGUCUUCGGAGCUCAAAGAGGAACCUGAGGAAAAGCAGAGAGGAUCUUUCCUCUCAGCCGGUCCAAACAAAGUUCCCUGCUUAUGAGAGAGUGGUCCUGAGAGAAGCUGGUUUCCUAAGACCGGUGGUAAUAUUCGGACCUAUUGCUGACGUGGCUCGAGAAAAGCUCUCCCGAGAGGAGCCAGAUCUCUUUGAACUUGCAAAGAGCGAACCUAGAGAUGCAGGAACAGACCAGCGAAGUUCAGGAAUCAUUCGUCUUCACACCAUCAAACAGAUCAUAGACAGAGACAAACACGCUGUGCUGGACAUCACCCCAAAUGCUGUGGAUAGGCUAAACUAUGCCCAGUGGUACCCUAUAGUCGUCUUCCUAAAUCCUGAUAACAAGCAGGGUGUGAAGAACAUGAGGACAAGACUUUGUCCAGAGUCCAGGAAAAGUGCCAGGAAGCUUUAUGAGCGAGCCAUUAAACUGAGGAAGAAUAAUCACCACCUGUUCACUACGACCAUCAACUUGAACAACAUGAACGAUGGCUGGUACGGAGCCCUCAAAGAAACCAUCCAGCAGCAGCAGAACCAGUUGGUGUGGGUAUCAGAGGGCAAGGCGGACGGCACCACAGAGGACGACUUGGAUAUCCACGACGACCGUCUGUCCUAUCUGUCGGCGCCAGGUAGUGAAUACUCCAUGUAUAGCACAGACAGCCGCCACACUUCUGACUACGAGGACACAGAUACGGAGGGAGGCGCGUACACGGACCAGGAGUUAGACGAGACGUUAAACGAUGAAGUGGGCCUGCCCACGGAGCCGGCCAUCACCCGCUCCUCAGAGCCUGUAAGAGAGGACCCUCCUGUGAUACAGGACCCCGCUGGAUACCCUGGAUACCAGCAUCCUGUGCAGCCUGACCCAGCCAGCCGAAUAGAUCCUGCUGGAUUCAAGAUGGCCGCUCCGCAGCAGCAAGGUGAGGCUGCUCUGCCCUCGUUGCCUCCGCCGGUGGUAGCCUCCCCAGCUGCUGAGCAGCCUGUCCAACUAGAGGAGCCGCCUGCUGCAGCCGCAGCUCCUCAGGCUGACUCAAUUAACAGCCCCAGCCCUGUCCCUGAGCUUAUUCAGCCCCCACCACCACCACCUCCACCACCACAUGAACCCCCCGGUCCUGAACCAAAGAUGUACAAGAAAGAUCUGUACAAUAUGGAGGACCCAGUGCGAAUCAACCACGGUCUGAAGCAGUCUCUGAGCUACAGUCACCAGCCGCCGUUUCCGGACAAACAGCCAUACCGUGAAUACGACCACCCGCCUUAUGGAUACGACGGAGGCGGCUACGCAGAACCAAAGCCUCACAACGCGGACUCUCACCUGCACUACGACAACCGUGUGCCUCAUUACAACGAACAGUGGCCCCCAUACGACCAGCAGACCUCGUCCCCCCAGCCCGCCGGGUACCAGCCGGGCCACCAGCAACCCAUGGGCUACAGUCCUCGCUCGCCCUACGAGGACGGACCAGGGAGGGAGUACAGCCCCCCACAGCCACGCUACGAUGAGGCCCCGGCGGCGGGCUAUGACAGCAGACCACGGCACAGUAAACCUGGGCCCAUCCGUUAUGAUGAGCCCCCUCCCCCACCCCCAGGAACCUACGACGCCCUUUCUCCUUAUGAGGUAGAAUCACGCAGCUUUCCCAUCAAUUCUCCUCGCUCGCCAGAGCCUCCAAAGCACUAUUACGGCGACUCCGGUCUGCGGCCCGCCUACAUGUCUGGGCUUUCAAACCGGGUUUAUAAGCCAGGGAUACACGAGCCCGUCGUCAACUCCGAACCCAGCGCUCUUCCGCCGAAACCGGACGCCCUGCCUUCGCCGGGAGAGCCAGCAGUCACUCCGACCUCCAAGCCGCUUCCUCCUCCUCCACCUCGGGAAGACCUGGAUGACGAUCCGGCCAUGAAGCCGCAGUCAGUGCUCAACAGAGUGAAGAUGUUUGAGAAUAAACGCUCUGUUUCCAUGGACAGAGCUAAAGACGGCGAGUCUUCGGUGCUCAGGCCUGCAGAUGUUCCUAAGCCUGUGAAUGCUCCCGCCCCCGUCCUCAAAGCCAACUCCCUCAGCAACCUGGAGCAGGAGAAGUCUACCUACAGGGCUCCUGAGCCGCAGAAGCCUCAUUCGAAGCCUCUGGAUGACGUGGUUCGCUCUAACCACUAUGACCUAGAUGAUGAUGAAGAGUACUACAGGAAGCAGCUGUCCUACUUUGACCGGCGCAGCUUUGACAGCAAGGCGAUGGGCCAACCUGGACCCGGUAUCAACCGAUUUCAUGACGUGUCCAAACCAGCCCAGCUGUCCUACCCGUACCACAGGGUCGAGUCUUUGGAGAAGGUGAGCCCUGUGGAGAAAAGAUAUGAAGCUUUGCCCCAAAUCAGUCCCUCCACUCAGUACGCACCCCCAGCUCCAGUUAACCCUCCGAACACGCUGCCCAAACUCAGCCCCGUUGAUGCUAACUCCAUACCUGAACCUCUGACCUCCCCGAACCCUAAAUCUGACCUGGCAGCUCUCAGACCCCCCAGCAGGGACGAACCCUCUACAGGAGGUUACCUGCCUCCCAGAGGCCUCCCUGAUAAAGUCCCUGUUAACGGCACGGAUGCCCCUCCCUCAAAGGCGCUGGGUGCCCCGCCUUCAACCAGCUACAACCGCUACGUUCCCAAGCCUUACACCAGUGCAGCCCGGCCUUUCGAGCGCAAGUUUGACAGCCCAAAGUUCAACCACAACCUGCUGCCUAACGACACACAGGUGAAGACGGACCUCCUGGCUAAGCCUGGAGGGGUGAGCAACACCUCUGGGAAACCUCAGCUGUCCCCUCAGCCCCUGGACCAUGACAGCGGCCUGGACACCUUCACCCGCACCAUGGACAACAGGCCCAAAUACCAGCACAAUAACGUCAACGCCAUUCCCAAGGCCAUCCCUGUGAGCCCCAGCGCGUUGGAUGAUGAUGACGAGGAUGAAGGGCACACAGUGGUAGCCACCGCCCGCGGCGUCUUUAACAGUAACGGAGGAGUCCUGAGCUCCAUCGAAACCGGCGUCAGCAUCAUCAUUCCGCAGGGGGCCAUACCGGAGAGCGUGGAGCAGGAGAUUUACUUUAAGGUGUGCCGGGACAACAGCAUCCUGCCCCCCCUGGACAAGGAGAAAGGAGAAACGCUGCUAAGUCCGCUGGUGAUGUGCGGCCCUCACGGACUCAAAUUCCUGAAGCCGGUGGAGCUGCGCUUACCUCACUGUGCGUCUAUGACCCCUGAUGGUUGGUCUUUUGCUCUAAAAUCCUCCGACUCCUCGUCGGGUGAUCCUAAAACCUGGCAGAACAAAUCUCUCCCCGGAGACCCAAACUACCUGGUGGGUGCAAACUGCGUGUCUGUGCUCAUUGACCACUUCUGAAGAGGGCGACAGCUGGCCUGUUAACGAAUGUGAUAAACGCCCCCCCCCACUUAGUUUACUGUGCCCAGAACUUUAUCAAGUAGAGAAACAGUCUUUCUCACUAUGAAGCGAGUCGGAGGAGUCCAGCAUCUGGACCUUUUCUCAUUUCUUUCUUUAUUUUCUUUUGUUUUCGGUGCUUUCAAGGCUUGCAAAAAAAAAAAAGAACAAAUAAGAGAAAAGUUAUUUAAUCUAAGGAAGAGAAGUUGGAAUGCAUGACCAGUGCUACAGGACUGGAUUAUCUCAUUUUGACAUUUUUAGCUCACUUUUUUAAAAGGUUUCAGUGGUGCAAAAAAAAAAAAGGAGAAUUUUGGAACCUUAUUUAAUAUCGCAGCAAGAUUUUUGUGUACUGUGUAAAGAGAAAACAAAAUCCACACAAACAUGAAAUUUGUAUAAGCAGAGCCUUUGUUUGCGAGCUAAGUGGUCAUGCGUUUCACUCAUGGAGGAUCUCCCAGGACUUCCCUUCACCAAGGAAGACGUUAUGAAAAAACUACGAAGAAUGAAAGUAUUAAGUAGCAUCAGAAGCCCGUUCCUUUGGGCCGUUUUUGUUUGUUUUUUUGUAGAAAAAAAAAAGAAGGAAAUGUUUUAACAUAGAUAAAUAUACUGACUUGAUUUUACAAACUCCUGCUGUCUAGAGAUCUAUGCAUGUGCUACGACUCAGGUCCAGACGCCUGCUAACUAAGUUCAACAUGAAAACCCCAUCGUACACUGCAAGCAGUGAUGCCUUAUCUGCAUAUUUAACUUUUCAGUAAAAAAAAACAAAACAAAAAAAACCUUCCAACAUGGGAUCCUUGAGUUAUAACGAUUAUCUGCAGGAGGAGAAAAAAAAAGAAAGAUAUUCUUGCAUUUCUUUUUUCAUCAAACACGGAACUCGGAUUUAGCACACGGAAUAAUUGGGGCUGAUGAAAAAACGGUUUGCUUUCCUUUACUGCUAUGCAUAUGAAGUGUGAGGAAAAUACACAACGCUAGAAGAUGUUUAAACGUGGCUGUACAUACCUGCUAGCAUAUGGCCUUGGUUCUCUGUAAAUGACCUUUUGUACAUCUUUGUUAUUUUGUAUAAAAGAGAAAACGGUUUGUU